AUGUUACACGCCCUGAUUUGCCCGUUUUAUUACCAAGUCGCCGUUUCCUCCCCAGCCAUGAAUACAGACCAAAGGCUCAAGUGGCAGGAGGACAUGAAGUCGCGACAGGGUGGUGAAAAACAGCAUUACUUUGACGAAGUCAAUAAGAUGGCCUCUAUACAUCGCGACCUGUCCGCCGCUAUCGGCACCAAUUUGUUGCAGAAUAUCAUCGAUACACUCGCCGCGUUGGUUCCUGAGUGGGACGUUGGCGUUGCUGUCGAGUCCUCGUGCGGCAAUCGCCAGUAUUACAAGGAGAACUGGAUUCUGUCCCAAAUCACCUGCCAGGCCGUUGUUAAUCUCUAUCUUACCCCCGUGACUGGGGGAUCUACCACAAUCCAUGAUGUGCAAUGGACCGAGGACGCACUGCGUUAUCGCGACCUAAAGAGCUAUGGAUAUGCCCGAGCUCUCGUGGAGAACCACACCCACUGCACCUUUGAUGUUGAAGUCGGCCAAUUGUGCAUCUUCAACUCGCGGAACAUGCACGAGGUCGCCCCUAUCGAAAAUCCUGAAGCGCCUCGUAUUGCUCUAGCAAGCUUCAUGGGGCUCCUCCCUCGUGAGGUGACCGGGGGUAGGCCACGAUUGAUGUUCUGGUUGUAG